UGAGGAGGCCCCGGGGGCUGCACGUUUGCCUCGUGCUGGCCGCUGGCCGUGGUGCCUUCUUGGCUGAGAACACGGCUCUAGCGCGUGGGGUGGGCCAGGCCAGUCGCUGUUAGUGCGAUGUGCGAGGGGGCUACUGCAAUAAUACUGGGCCCGUGUGGAGUGACUCUCGUCCUCGGAUCGUGUGGUACUUACACCGUAAUGCUACUGGGAGUAGCCGGGGCCCUGUGCUAGGUGCUGUACAAGUUGAGUGGCGGAUGCCUAAGCUCCAGAGUGCUGGACAAACCAGGAUAAAUUAGGCAGCGGAACACUUAACUUGCUUGUGGGGCCUGAUCUGCAAUCAUGGUGAAUUUUGUCCAAGUUGUGCGUGAUUACUGGGUCCAUAUUUUGUGUCCCAUGGGAUUUUUUAUUGGAUGCUAUCUGGACAGACUGAAUGAUGAAAAACUAACAGCUUUCAGAAACAAGAGCAUGUUAUUUAAAAGGGAAUUGAAACCCGGUGAAGAAGUUACCUGGAAAUAAAGGCUGUCUGUGAAAUGGGAAAUGCUUCCAUGUAAUUAAAUUAGCAUGUAUAACAAGUGGAUGAUGUCUUUGUUACUGUGUCAUCUGUGGAACAGGAACCAUGUUUUUACACUUGAUACACUUUAUGCCUAGUAUUAAAAAAAAAAAAUAAAGCCACUGAAAAGUGUAGUUUAGCUCUGCCAAUUUAAUUCCCUGUUCUCCAUUUCCAUUGUGAAGGACAAUUUAAUCAUAUGACUAAUAAAUAUCCUGUUCAGAAA